AUGCCGUCGCGCCAACAGCUGCAGCUCGAGUAUGCGCAGCGAGACAUCUCCUUUCAGUACGCACAACUCUGCCUCCCCUCCAACUGCCCCAACGGUAUCUACGUACAACUCGACGAUGACGAUACGCAUCUAUGGCACUCUGUCAUCUUUGUCCAGAACGGACCCUUCAGCGGUGGCAUAUUCCGAUUCGACAUUGUCUUCCCCUCAUCCUAUCCAUCGGCUACUCCGCAGAUCUUUUUCCCACCCACGCUCUUACACCCGCUGGUGGACCCGGACACGGGCCGAAUGCUGCUAAGCUCUCGGUUCCCAGGAGCGUGGAGACCGCGUCAAGACUUCGUCUCGCACAUCCUCGAAUACGUGCAGAGCGUGUUCCAGGAUGAAGUGCUCGAGAGUCUCAGAGAGGGGAUCGUGGCCAACCCUGAAGUCUACCGCAUGUUCCGCACGCAUCGGACAUUGUUCAACAAGCUAGCUCUACAGUCAGUCGCGCUAUCGACCGCACCAUCGAGCUUGUACGACGUCAGCGGGGGCAGCGGGUUUCCUAACCCGAGCAUUGGCUUGAAUCUUGCCAAUCCGGCGCGGCCGAACGAGGGGCUAUCGGAGGCUGCAGCAGGGAAGGCAGGCAGCAGACCCAUUCGCGCUGAUGAGGCAAAUGGCAUUCUGUUCCGAAAGCUGGAUGAUGACGAGCUGGCUGCGAUGCGGAAGGAGAUCUUUGGUGAUGAUGAAGGUGCGUUGCAGCAGGCGGAAGAAGUGGAGUAG